GCCGUUGCGCUAUGGCUGGAGGUAGCGGCGCGCGCCCGGAGCGCUGUCGUCGGGUCUCGCGUCCCGGGACUCCCGGGUCCGAGGUCCCCAGUGCGUCACUGACUGCACCUCACGCGGAAGCCCGUGCGGCGGGCGGAGGCGAAGGGUCGCGGCGCGCUUCCCAAGACCAGUGCUCAGGCGGCGUCCCGUCUCCAGUUUGGCAGCAUCCUUUCCUCAACGUAUUCAAACAUUUCAGGGUGGAUGAGUGGAAACGGUCCAGCAAAGAGGGAGAUGUGGCUGUGGUGACGGACAAAGUCCUGAAGAGCACCGUGUAUCGUAUCCGUGGGUCUGUAUCUGCUAGCAACUACAUCCAGCUCCCCAGAACUAGCACCCAGUCUCUGGGGCUGACUGGGCGGUACCUAUAUGUGCUUUUCCGGCCCCUGCCUGCCAAGCACUUUGUCAUCCACCUGGACGUGUCCACCAAGGACGGCCAGGUCAUCCGUGUGUCUUUCUCCAACCUCUUUAAGGAGUUCAAGUCCUCCGCAACAUGGCUUCAGUUCCCCUUUGUCUUCGAGACUCAGACGCCCAGGAGAGCCCUGGCAGGUGUAGCUCCUUCUAGUGCCCGCUGGACCUGCCUGCAGCUGGACCUGCGUGACAUCCUGAUGUUCUACCUGAGCAGGCACUAUGGCCACCUCAAGAGCGUCAGGCUGUGUGCCAGCCUGCUAGUCAGAAACCUUUACACCAGUGAUCUGUGCUUUGACCCCGCUGUCACUGUUACUGAGGCCCGGCGUGCAAAAUUGUCUGUCAACCCUGUGCCUCGAGAAAUGGCCUUCCCAGUGCCUAAAGGGGAACGCUGGCAUGACCAUUACAUCCACAUUCGGUUUCCAAGUGAUGGCUCAAAAGCGCCUGGUGAGCAGGUUGAGAAGAGCUGUUACCCUCCAGAGGCGGUCUUCCUAGGGCACAUGUCACGGCGCCUGCCUCAUCCAGUGGUCUCUGGCAAACCGUUGCUGAGCAGUAGGCCCUGUGCAGCCCAGAUAUCUACUCCUGCGUUGCCGUGCCAGGUCCCCUCGGCACCUGGACUCCUUCCAGAGGUCGGCCUGCCCUACAAGUAUCCAGAGGUCUCCAGUGGAGGUGCCGUCCGCGUCCAUAGCCAACGGCCUUCAGCCUGGGAUGAGGUCACUGAUGCACACACGGUGGCUGGUGGUAGACAUGUUCUAGCUGACAAACCACCUGGAGUGCCCAUGGCCCUUGAGGACAUUGGCUCCUGUAAGCUCUUCCUCCCAGACCCAGUCCUGAAACUCAAGGGCGUCAUCGGCUUUGGAGGUCACAGCACCCAAUGGGCCCUGUGGACCAAAGAUGGGAUGGCUGUUGUUUACCCCUGCCACGCGGUCAUCAUCAUCCUGCAGAUUGAUAGCGGACAGCAGAGAUUCUUCCUUGGCCACACAGACAAGGUCUCUGCCCUGGCGCUGGAUGGGAGUGAUGCAUUGCUAGCAUCAGCGCAGGUGCAGCCGCCCAGCAUGGUGCGUCUCUGGGACUUCCCGACUGGAAGAUGCCUGUCCCUCUUCAGAAGCCCCCUGCACACCAUCUGCUCCCUUAGCUUCUCCGGCAGUGGCGCGCUCCUCUGUGGUGUGGGCAAGGACAGACACGGGAGGACGGUGGUGGUGGCCUGGGGCACAGACCAGGUGGGCCUUGGUGGCGAGGUGGUGGUUCUUGCAAAGGUGCACACAGACUUUGAUGUUCAGACCUUCCAGAUUGCCUUUUUUGAUGAGACCAGGAUGGCAUCCUGUGGUCGGGGCAGUGUGCGGCUGUGGCGGCUGCGGGGCGGUGUCCUGCGCUCCUGUGCUGUAGACCUGGGGGAGCACUGUGCCCUGGAGCUCACUGACCUUGCCUUUGCGCAGGCCCUGGAUGGCCACUGUGGGCCUUCGGCCGGCAUGCUAUUUGUUUGUAGCCAUAGUGGUCACAUCCUGGAGAUUGACCACCAGCGCAUGGCUGUGCAGCACAUCCGCCGCUUGCUGCCUACACAGUCCUCUGGUGUUCCUCUCACCGAGAAGCAGAACUUCAGCGCAGGAUCUGGCAUUGCUAUCAGCAGCCUCAGUGUCUCCACUGCCACAUGUGCCGUGGGCUCUGAGGAUGGCUACCUGCGCCUCUGGCCCCUGGACUUUUCCUCAGUGCUCCUAGAGGCCGAACACGACGGCCCUGUCAGUUCCGUCUCCUUCAGUCCCGAUGGCCUGCGUGUCCUGUCCACCACCACUUCAGGCCACCUGGGCUUCCUGGACGUCCCCUCCCGGGAGUACACUGUGUUAGCACGCUCCCACAUGGCCCCAGUGCUGGCGCUUUCUACAGAACAGAGCCGGGGACAGAUGGCAACUGUGUCCCUUGACCACACUGUCCGCAUCUGGGACCUGGCUACCCUACAGCAGCUGUAUGACUUCUCGUCCUCUGACGAAACCCCUUGUGCUGUUGCUUUCCACCCCACAUUGCCAGACUUCUUCUGCGGCUUUAGCAAUGGAGCAGUACGCUCCUUCAGCUUGGAGAACUCUGGUGUCCUGGUAGAGCACACGCGUCACCGAGGGGCCAUCACCAGCCUGGUCAUCACCCCUGACGGCAGAUUCCUAUUCAGCUCCUGCUCUCAGGGCUCCCUAGUCCAGUACAACUGUGCUGUCUCCCGAUGCUGCGUCCUCCGUGUGGCAGCCAACAUGGUAUGUCAGGACGGUCGCCCAAACCCCAAUACUCUGGCAGUCAGUGGAGACAGCUGCCGGCUGGCCUUUGUGGGCCCCUCCAAGUGUAUGGUGACAGUUGUGGAGUCAGCCUCUUUGGAUGAGUUGCUACAUGUUGAUGUCAGCACCCUCAACCUGGCCAGCAACCACCCAGAUUGGGCUGUGGCCGUCUGCUUCAGCCCCGGGAGCUCAGACCAGCUGCUGGUGUCCACGUUCUCUAACAGGGUCGUGGUGCUGGAUGCUGUGUCAGGACACGCUAUCCGGGAGUUAUCCAGUGUCCGCUCCAGAGCCUGCUCCUCCCUGGCUCUUAGUGAGGAUGCGCGUCUGCUGCUGGCAGCCACUGGCCGGACCAUUACAGUGUGGGAUUAUCCGACGCAGGCGAACCCCAGCUGCCAGGUAUACAUUGGCCACUCAGAGCCUGUGCACGUUGUAGCCUUCACCCCUGAUCAGCAGCAGGUCCUCAGCGUGGGGGAUGCCAUCUUCCUCUGGGAUGUCCUGGCCGCUGCUGAGAGAGACCAAAGUGAUCCUGAGGCACCCCCAGUCCCUGAGGCCGGCUCUAGUGGAGGACAGCUGGAGGACCUGGCAUCUGGGGCCAGUGGACUCCCUCGGCAGCAAGUGCCCAUGCCAUCUGAGGCGUCACCACCCCCACUGAGUAUCCAUGACAGGCCCCGUGAAGGCAGCGCUGGCACCUUCUCCAUCUCUGAUGAGGAGGGACCCUGUGAGGAGAACCAUGUCUCUGAGAUGUUCCUCCAAAGCCAGGCCCCGACACCACCUGUGCUGAUAGAGAGGGAGGCCGGUGGAGCUGGUGACAGCCCUCGGGAGGCUGCAAAGGGCCCUCGGGCACUAGCUAUGCUUCCUGGUCACCACAGCCAAAUGAGUGAAUGGAGCCUUCAGACAGUGAAGGCUGGCCUCCCAACCCGCCCAGACUCCUACAAGCACUUCACAGCUCGCUAUAAGGCCUCUACACGGGUCAAGAGUAUCUCCUUCCCUCCCGUUGGCAGGGAGCAGCUGCGACUGAAGGCCGUUGUAGGCUACAAUGGGAAUGGGCGAGCCAACAUGGUCUGGAGGCCCAACACAGGCUUCUUUGCCUACACGUGUGGUCGCCUGGUGGUGGUGGAGGACCUGCAUUCUGGCACCCAGCGGCACUGGUGUGGCCAUCCCCAGGAGAUCUCUACUCUGGCACUCAACCAGGAUGGCCAGGUCUUGGCCUCUGCCUCCUGCUGUGGCAACACAGCUGCUCGCUGCCAGAUCCGCAUUUGGGAUGUUCCCAAGGGCCUCUGCCGGCAGCUCCUUUCCCAUCAUGACACGGCUGUACAAGCACUGGCCUUCUCACCAGAUGAUGAGUUCCUUGUGACACUGGGGGACUAUGCUGACCGUACCCUCGCCCUGUGGAGCAUGGCCACCUAUGAACUCCUGUCAUCCACUCGUUUCCCAGAGCCUAUACAUGGUGUGGCCUUUAACCCCUGGGAUGCCAAUGAGCUCAUCUGUGUUGGCACAAAUGCCGUCACCUUCUGGCUCCUACAACACCAUGGGACGGACACCAGCUUCCAGGUACACCGAGAACCAGUCCCUGAGGAAUUGGGGGCAUCCGAGUUGACUUCACUCUGCUAUGGGGCCAGCCCUCUGCUCUACUGUGGCUCCAGUUCUGGCCAGGUCUGUGUCUGGGACACUGGCACUGGCCACUGCUUCCUGGCCUGGGAGGCUGAUGACGGCGAGAUUGGAGUGCUGCUGUGCUCGGGCUCCAAACUGGUCAGUGGCAGUAACACACGAAGGUUGCGCCUUUGGGCUGUGGGGAUUGUGCCAGAGCUGAGGCGUAGAGGCUCAAGUGCCAGAUCCAGUUCUGUUUUCAUGGAGCGUGAGCUGACCCUGGAUGGGGCUGUUGUGAGUGCCAGCUUUGACAGUGGCAUGGACAUGGGUGUAGUGGGCACCACAGCUGGCACACUCUGGUACAUCAGCUGGACAGAAGGUAUUAGCACCCGCCUCAUCAGUGGCCACAGGAGCAAGGUAAACGAGGUAGUCUUCAGCCCCAGUGAGUCUCACUGUGCCACCUGUGGCGAGGAUGGGAGCGUGAGGGUAUGGUCUUUGGCCAGCAUGGAGCUGGUGAUCCAGUUUCAGGUGCUGAACCAGAGCUGCCUGUGCCUUGCCUGGACACCCCCAUCCUGUGGUCGCCCAGAGCAGCAGCAGGUGGUAGCAGGCUACAGCGACGGCACACUUCGGGUCUUCAGCAUCUCCCGGACUGCAAUGGAGUUCAAGAUGCACCCCCACCGGACUGCUCUGACAGCUGUUGCCUUCUCCACUGAUGGUCAGACCAUCCUAUCUGGAGACAAGGACGGGCUUGUGGCUAUAAGCCGCCCCUGCACAGGAAUGACCUUCCGUGUGCUCAGUGACCACCGGGGUGCUCCGAUCUCUACAAUCCAGAGCACAAGCAAAGAGUAUGGAGAUCUAGGGGUAGAGGGUGUAGAACUGUGGCUGGCUGCGAGUGGGGACCAACGGGUCAGCAUCUGGGCCUCUGACUGGCUCCGGGACCGCUGUGAACUACUGGAAUGGUUGAGCUUUCCUGCACCUGCAAUCUCAGAGGCUCCAGGCCUCCUGCCCCCAUCUCUUGCUGCCUUCUGCCCUUGGGAUAGGGCGAUACUGGUGUGUGUGGGCCUUGGCGCACAUGAAGAGGUAGUCUUCUACAGCCUUCGCCAAAAGCAGGUGGUGCAGAAGACACCACUGCCCUUCUUUGCCAUGUCCUUGAGCUUGUCCCCAGGGGCCCAGCUCAUGGUGGUUGGUUUUGCUGAAUGCAUGCUGAGGCUCCUAGACUGUGCGUCAGGGACUGCCCAAGACUUUGAAGGCCAUGACGACUCAGUACACCUGUGUAGGUUCACCCCAUCUGGCCGACUUCUCUUCACAGUUGCUCAUAAUGAGAUCCUGGUAUGGGAAGUCACUAGCCUCUGAGCUACUGCUACAAACAUAGGCAGAAAAGCCAGGCUGUGGAUUGCUGUAUGCUGAGCCAGGAUGGCUGGGACAGGCUUCAGAACUACAUUAUUUUGAGUUUGGGUGAAAUCUAAAAACAUUUGAGACUGAGGGUGUGGCAGUGUUUCAGAAUCUGUGAAGGUGUGGAUUUGAUCCCCAGAAGCACUUCCCACCCACACCCCACACACAGAAGACUUAGCAUUCUGUGGAGGUUUUUACAUGAAGGUUGUUUUAUUGUUUUUAUUUUGUACAGUUUAAAUAAAAGCUGGCGUUUGUUAUAUUGAUACAUU